CUAUCCCAAUCCAGUAUGACCGAAAGUCGACCCGCAAGCCCUCAGGAUUCCGCAAUAGACAAGUCUGAUGAUGGUGACAAGGCGCUUACAGACCCCGCAUUCCCCCAGCGCGAGUAUACCUGGUUGGAUGAAGCGCCAACACCCCCCAUUAUAGAGAAAUUUCUUGCGGAAAACUGGUAUGCGACGCACUGGGAGUCCAUCGCGGAAUGCGCAAAGGAUCUAGUGCAGGAUGAAGUCCGACGAUGUGGACUGCAGGCUAUAGUGACAUGCAGGGCCAAGCAGGAAGACAGCUUAAGAAAGAAGCUCAAGUUGCGAUACGAAAGCAAGAAGUAUGAAACUAUUGCGGACAUCCGGAAUGAUCUGUAUGACCUUGCUGGAGUCCGCAUCAUCCUCAUAGUAUCUACUCCAGAGCAGCGUGACAAGGUAAAAGCAAUCAUUCGCUCUAUAUGGGGAGAAGAAAUUUUUGAAAAGCGUCAUCGAGGGUCUGCGCAAAACACCAGAUACCAAGCGAAACACAUUGGGUACGAAGCUGUACACUAUAGACCCUUUAUGAAAAAAGAGCAAGGAAAGAAUGGAUACAGAUACAAAGAAGGAGAUAGGGUCGAAGUGCAGGUCGUGUCAGCACUGGGAAAUGCUUGGGCUGAAGCUGGCCACGAUGUGCUGUAUAAGACACAUGCUUACGGCGAGCCGAGCCUUGAGGAAAACCGAAUUCUCGAUGCUCUUAACGGGUUUGUGCGGUCUGGGGAAUUAUUAUUGGAACAAUUCCACGAAGCUUUUAUGCGUAGGACGACAAAGAAAUGGGAACACCGAGACCAGCUCGUUACGUAUUUGCGAGAGGUGGAUGUCUUGCAGGUCGAGCCACAGUUCAUGAUAGCUGGAACAGACCUCUUGUUCAAAUUUCUUCAACACACGGAACAACAUUAUCCUCUCGCUGUGAGGAAUGCACUGAUGAGUAUUGGCAUGGGCAGGGUCUCUGCUAGCUCACACCUGGAUGAAAUUAUCUCAGGCCUGAAACCAAGUGUUUUGCCGAUAUCAGAUGUAAUGCGCGUCACGGUGUGCCUCAUACAUCGCAUGAUGGAUACUGAUGAAGGCAUGCCAAAAUUCUCUUUGCAGAAUCCGUACCAAAAUGUUAGACCUCACGAGGUCCCAAAUUGCAUCGCUAUAAUGAUGGUCUCUCUUACAAUAUUACACAAUUUCGCGGGCGAUGUCCAGAAUGCCAACAUCAUACUCGAACAAUCGUAUUUCAGUAACGCAGAAAGGAUGAGCUUGAUUUGGAUUCUAGGUGCCAGGCAACGGCAGGAGGCUCUAGAAGCUAAAGCAGACAACGACGAAUUCCACAGGCUUGUGAGACCUGCUAUCCUGCCACUAUGGAAUUGGUUUCUACAAGAGGCGACUAAACGUCGUUCUAUACAUCGAAUAUGCUUCGUAUUGGCACAGAUACAGUGCUCUGAUGGUAUGAUAAAUAAUGUCAGGCUGUUGGAGGGACUCAGACUUCCCCCCCUGGCGAGGAGUACUGAGGAAAGAGACAACGGACCCCGCGACUUCAAAAUCUACGGAAGGACCUCAACUCCAACUCCGAAAUACAAGGGUAGAAUAAAGAGUGCCAACUAG